UACUGGGCCUGGCCAUCCAGUACUGACGCCAUUCAGCAGCUUUUUACCGGCACCCACUGGGUACCAGGCUCUGUCCGAGAGGAAGCCCUAAAACCAUCUAACCUGGCGGCCCGAAAAGCUAAUCAACACAAAAGGCACACAGGAGCAUGUGACGACCGACCUCUGCAGCAAUAACGCCCUGAGUACUCAGAUCAAAGGUGAUCACUCCUUGUGCGCAUGCUCCUGGCCGACACGCCCUUCGCGCGGCGCUGGGUGACGUCACUGGCCGGCGCCAGCAGGAAGGGCGCUGUGCACCGCACGUGUGCCGAGGCCGCGGGCGAGCCCAUGGCGAGCUCGGCGGGGCUGGCUCUGUGCGGCCAGACGUUGGUGGUGCGGGGCGGCAGCCGGUUCCUGGCCAUCUCCACUGCGAGCAGUGACGAUGGCUGCAUCUUCACAUACGACUGCAGCACUGCAGAGAAGAAGUCUGCGCCAGAAGAUAAAGGGGAGGACGGACAGCCCGCAGACAAGGGCAGUGACACCGUCCUGGCGUCCACCUUCUCCAAGUCUGGCAGCUAUUUUGCUUUAACCGAUGACAGUAAGCGUCUGAUUCUUUUCCGUACAAAACCAUGGCAAUGUCUGAGUGUCAGGACUGUGGUGCGGAGGUGCACUGCCCUGACUUUCACAGCCUCGGAGGAACGGGUCUUGGUGGCUGACAAGUCUGGAGAUGUCUACUCCUUCUCAGUGCUGGAGCCUGAUGGAUGUGGCAGGCUGGAACUUGGGCAUCUCUCCAUGCUGCUAGAUGUGGCUGUGAGUCCUGAUGACCAAUUUGUGCUCACUGCGGACCGGGAUGAGAAGAUCCGGGUCAGCUGGGCUGCUGCUCCGCACAGCAUCGAGGCUUUCUGCCUGGGACACACAGAGUUUGUGAGCCGCAUCUUUGUUGUACCCAGUCAUCCUGAGCUGCUGCUUUCCUCCUCUGGGGAUGGCACCCUGCGACUCUGGGAGUACAGAAGUGGCCGCCAGCUGCAGUGCUGUGACCUGGCCAGCCUGCAGGAGCCUGCAGAGCAUCAAGGCCACAAGGGGUUGGCCGCAUCCAGGAUUGCAUUCUGGGGACAAGAGAGCUGUGUGGUGCUUCUGUGUGAGUGCGUUCCUGUGGUCUUCAUCUUCCAGCUUGAUGCCAACAGACAGCAGCUGGUGUUCAGACAGAAGCUGACUUUCCCUCAUCGAGUGUGGGAUGUCGUGUUUGAGGAGACUCAGGGGCUGUGGGUUCUGCAGGACUGUUGUGACACUCCCCUGGUGCUCUGGAGGCCUGUGGGUGGCCAGUGGCAGGCUGUUCCUGAAGGUGCUGUGUCCCAGAGACUCUGCAGCCAUCUCCGUGAGAGCUGGGCAAUGCUGGAAGGCUCUGUUGGUGCAGAUGAUGGCUUCCGCAGCCUUUAUAAGGCCACCUUUGACAACAUGACUUCCUAUCUGAAGAAAAAGGAGGAGAGACUGCAGCAGCAGCUGAAGAAGAAGCGACAGAGGAGCCCCCUCCCAGGGUCCCCAGAACAGACCAAGAGGGUGUGCCCAGGGCAGUCAGCCCUUAGUUGCUGACCUUGAGCUUGGCAGCAGCUCUCAGCCCUGAGGCCUCAUGGGCCACUCUCUUCUCUCUCCUGCCUGGCUCAUCCAUAAGGAGGGAGACCAUGGCAGCUCAGUCCCCACCACUAGCCACCAUGGUCUAUUUCAGCCUCCUGGUUGUCCGUGCCUCCUGGUUACAAGGGAAGACAUGCGGUAUGUUAGCCUAGCUAAUGAUUCUACUCCAUAGCGGUGUGGAAGCACCUUCACAUUGAAGGAGACACUGACCUGCAGCACCACGUCCGUCUGUCCGUGCCCACAAUGCUGUCUCCAGGGAGGCCUGUGGGCAGGACCUGCCUCCAUGCCAUUGCUGUGGGCUCACAUGUGGCUGCUUGACGUUGUGGGGCAGAUUCAGCUGGUGCUGGUGCUCUGUACUCACAGAGCCACACAUGGUGAGGAGCUCAGUCUGGGCCGAGCAGAGCUGCAUGUACAUUGUACAUGCCAGGGAAGCAGGCAUGGCAUUGGUGCUGGAGCAGACCUGGCUUCAGGGCGUAUGGGACGGGACCUUGGCCAGGCCUUGUUUUACAGGGAAUCACUGGUGAUAUUGUGGGUCCAUUGCUUUGAUUUGAACUCUGCACACACUGCAGAACAGCAGGGACUCAACUGAACACAGCAUCAAUAAAGACAAACUUUGCAUAGCU